AUGACAAGACCAGAUAUAACUUAUGCGGUGAACUGCCUGGCCAGAUUCAGUACUACACCAGACUUAGAAUUGUUCAAACAAUUAUAUCAUCUGAUCAUAUAUCUAUAUCAUACGAGGGGUAACAAAAUGACCUACAAAGCAGGUGACUGCCAAUUGUCUAUCUACACACAUAGCGAUCUAGCCCAAGACGUUGUCACUAGAAAAUCUAUAGGAGGUCAUAUAUUCGCCAUUAACGGAUCUCCAUUUUCAUGGGACUCCAAGAGAAUAUCAACCAUAUGUGACUCUUCGUGCCAAGCAGAAAUGGAAUCACUAUCCAUCGCAGUCAAAGAGCUCUUCUUAUGGUUCAUCGGUCUUCUUGAGUAUACUGGAUUGAUUGAGUACAUCGAAAAGAAACCAAUUGUUCACGUUGACAACAGCUCUGUCAUCAGCUUAAUCAAGAAAGGAAACUAA